GCGAAAUGCUGUGUCUCAUCCGAAUUGUGUUUUUAUUCGCAUCGGAUCAUUGAAAAGAGCUAUCAUCAUCUUCACUUUCGUGGAAGGCAUUGAAACCCGCGCAUCAUAUCAAACCAUAUUCAUUGUACUUCUGCCCCUCUUCGUUCGUGAGCAGGGGUCUCAAAGCCCGCUGGUAUCGAAGAUGGCCACACAGCAGACAGACACGGAAAAGACCUUCAGGGCAUACACCAAGGACCAAGGCCACAACUAUGCUCAGAACCGCCUGAAGUACAGUCUAGGCCUCUACAAAGACAUCAUCUCGCAUCACACGUCCACGGGCGGAAAGCUCGAGACUGCGGUGGACUUGGGAUGUGGUCCCGGCACCGCCACCUUCGCCAUUGCGCCAAGUUUCAGCAACACGAUCGGUCUGGACCCAUCGGAGGGCAUGAUCAGCGCCGCGCGAUCGUUCUUGAGCUCGGAAGAUGUCAAGGGCAAGCUCAGAUUCGAGGUAUCGACGGCUGAGGACAUCGACCCUGCCCUCGUACCGGGCGGGAGCGUGGACCUCAUCACAGCAGCUACAUGCGCCCACUGGUUUGAUAUGCCGCGUUUCUGGGCAUCUGCAGCCCGUGUCCUCCGUCCGGGCGGGACGGUGGCGAUGUGGUGCUCAAAGGCAAAUACAAUCCACCCAUCCACCCCGAAUGCAGCAGCUAUCAAUGAGGCCACGGGCAAGAUAGAGCAGGAGGAGUUGGCACCCUUCUUCGGGGAGGGCAACUGGCUGACCCGGAACCUGUACUCGACCAUCGGGCUGCCGUGGACGGUCAGUCCUGCGGUGCCAGAAUUUGAGGAGGCCACGUUCUAUCGGAAGGAGUGGGGUGUUGACGGGAAUGACGAGUCUUUCUUCGAGAACGGAAAGAUGGUGUUCGACCUGGACACACUGGAAAAGUUGUUGGGUACUGCUAGCCCAGUCGCGAGGUGGCGGGAGGCCCACCCGGAGUUGGUUGGUACAGAAGACGAUGUCAUCCGGAAGAUGCGCAGGACGAUAGAAAGACUCCUACGUGAGGCUGGGGUUGAGGAGGGCAAGGAGAUGGUCCGAGGCGGAGAGGCUGGGGUGUUACUCAUGGUCAAGAAGAGAGCAUGAUCAGCGCGAGCAUAUUAAUGCACAUGUUCUUACUACUAGUACAUCAGGUAGUCUUUUUGAUGCAAGAGCUUGAGUGACAUAAUUUUCACAUCUUGCACUGAGGAAAUUCAACUCAACUGAGAAUCGACUUGACCUGUUUUAUAGACUGCUUAGGUAGUCCUCAAUUGCUCUCACUUGCAUGCAG